AUGCAAUCACGUAGAGAUGAGAUUUUGGCGAAGAAGGCGAAGCUCGCGGAGAUGAAACGGCAGAGGGAGCUUCGGAGUACAUCUUCAACGCGGCAAAGCAUAGGAGGUACUAGUGAUGUAAGUCUUGCUGCCCCAACACCGAGCCGAGGAGAAAGUCGUGCAGAGUUCGACAAGUAUCUUGAAUCAAUAUUGGAUGGAGGGGGAAAAAGUAGGCCUACUUCGACAGGACCUGCAGGAGCAGGAUCCCCAGCUGGCAAAGGCAGUCGUCCCAACAGUGUGCUAAGUGCUGGAGAGCUCAGUAACGAGAAUUCGGAACCAUCAAUUGGCCAGCCACCGCCUCAAACAUAUUCAAUCUCGACGCAAACUCUAUCCACUGCCCCUCUGGCAACCGUCUACGAAUGCCCUCCUUCGCCGGUCAAGGAGGUCUUCUCCUAUAGUAAAGGUGUGCAAACCACAGAAGAAUGGGGGACACAGACAACAAGACCAAAGGCGUUUGAAGACUCAGAUGAAGAUGAAGGGGAGUCUCCAGCAACUGCAACACCGAACAAGCGGUUGAGUAGGAGAGACAGGGACCGGGAAGAACAGCUGCGAGAAAACAUUAGGAGGGAAAUUGAAGAGGAGUUGAAAGCAACUCGAGAUCUCCUCACUGAUGGCCCCUUGAGGCCAAUCUCCCACACGGCUGCAAAUUUCCCGGCAAGAGUCCUUACGACCGAGGAACUCAACGCUGUCACUUCUUCUGAGGAUUUUAUGGACUUUGUCGAGCGAUCAAGCAAAGUCAUCGAACGAGCUCUAGAUGAAGAAUACGACAUCUUAGCAGACUACGCUCUCAGCGGGGAGAAUGGCGUCGAAGAUGACGAUGAUGAGUACGGAAAUACCAGAGGCAAGGGAAGACGGAGAGUCAAAGAAAUAGCCCAGUUCUAUGAUGAGAGGUGGUCAAAGAAGAGAAUGAUCAGCGACAUCAGCUUUUCUCCCAAAUUUCCUGAGUUGGUCCUCGCAGCAUACACCAAGAAUCCCUCGGCCCCUCACGACCCAGAUGGACUCGUUCAAGUCUGGAACAUGCAUCUCCACGACAGACCAGAGUUCGUAUUCCAUGCACAAUCCGAUGUCCUAGCCGCCAAAUUCUCCCCUUUUCACCCCAACUUGAUUAUUGGAGGCUGUUACAGCGGUCAGGUCCUCCUCUGGGACACCCGAGCGAAGUCCUCCCCAGUCCAAAAGACACCACUCACUGGCUCUGGGCACACUCACCCCGUCUACUCGGUCGACAUCGUCGGCACACAAAAUGCCAACAACAUCAUUUCUUGCUCCACAGACGGCGUCGUCUGCGGCUGGACAGUCGACAUGCUGGCUCAACCGCAAGAACUUCUAACACUCACCACCCCAGCCCCCGCCAAAAUCGAAGAUCUCUCCCCAACCUGCAUGGCCUUCCCCCAAACCGACCCAACCUACUUCCUCAUCGGCUCUGAAGAGGGCACCAUCUUCCCAUGCCACCGCUACGAUCGCGCCGGAGCAAAAGCAGGCGUCGAUCAACGUGUCAGCUACCGUGGACACGCUGCUCCAGUGAUGUCCAUUGAUUUCCACCCGGCUCGUGGCCCCGUCGACCUCGGAGAUCUUGUCCUCUCUUCCUCGCUCGACUGGUCCGUCAAGCUGUGGAAAGUUCGUGCUCCAGCAGCUACCUCGACAACAGGGAUUACCGGUGAAGGUCACUCCGUCACUCCCAUCUUGGACUUCACGCGAGAAGACGUGGUUUACGAUGCCGCCUGGUCGCCCGUCAAGCCCGGUGUUUUCUCGCUCGUCGACGGAGCAGGGAAUCUCGAGGUCUGGGACAUCACAAUCGACACGGAAGUCCCACUCGCAAAAGUGGCCCCUAGCGGCCGAAAAGGGGGCAGGAGCAUGAUGAGCAAGAGCUUGAAUAAAGUAGCAUGGGAAGAGAGCGAAGGCAAACGACUAGCAACAGGAGGAAUUGAUGGCGGUUUGACUGUCUUCGAAGUCGGGCCAGACUUGGGCGGCAAAGAGAGCGCACGCAACGAAGAAUGGACAAGCGUGAAGAAGUUGGUUGCCAGAUUGGAGUCCGCUUCUGCUGUGGUGCAGCCGCUGGGCUUGAAUGGCACACACCGGGCUGCGUUAUAG